UUCUCUUUUUCUUAAACAAAAAAAAAUCAAAUUUGAGCUUUGCAAGUGAAAAGCGAUUUGGAAAAAGAACAAGGCUAAAUUAUGAUAAUUGCAUGUCAUUUCAAAUAGACCGCGCAUUGCUCAAUACACCAGUUUUGAUAAUUAUCGAUAUUCUGAUUCUGACAGCUGUUUUGUUGAAAAAAUGGUCACACUAAUGCUGUGUUUUAGUACUCACUCUGCGGUCACUCUGAGUGGAAGUUUAUGAAAUUACAAAUUUGCAGAACAAAAACGUAAACAAUCGUCAAUAUUUUAGUUUUAACUUAUUUUAAAAAUAAUGGCUGCUGCAGUCGAUGGUAAAUUAAGUCUGCGCAAGCUAGACUAUCCAAUGUGUGCAGUUGAAGCGCUCUCCCGUCUAGAAAGCCUCAUUGCAAGCAGAAAUAAACAGAACUUGGUAAUGCAGAUUAUUUCUGAGUUUAUUUUCCUGGAGCGUAGCAAGGAUGGAGACGUACGCAAAAUGGGCAUAAGUCAAAUGAAUAUAUAUCAAGAGUUUCAGUUGAUACUUGCGCUCAUUGAAUACUUCUCGCGGCCCGGCCGGGAUGCUACACGCAAUGCAAUAUUCCUUUCGCUAUUUGGUAGCCAUCUGACACCACAGCGCUCUCGGCUGUUAUCGCGACUAAUAAGCACUGCAGUUUCGGGAUCGGUGGCGCCGCUGCUCUCUUCUGCGGGCACGUGGAUGCAACAAGUUGGCUGCAAGUCACAACCAAGCUUAGAGGUGGCACAGAGUAUUGUGAGUGAUUUCAUAUCAUUCUCUCGCAAGACACCAGAUCAAUUAAAACAACUACCGAUGGUGGGCUCGCAUUUUGCUGCCAACUUUAUGGUUGCUGUUGCUGAUCUUUACCUAAACGAUAAACGUGGCGGAGUGCUGACGCCACCACCAGAUGCACUGCUGGAUGCUAUAACAGAGUGGACAACAGAAAAUCCGCUGCUAUGCCAGGCACCUCAACAGCCUCUAGUAUUACCUGCUGGCGCCAUUGCAAUGCCAUUUGCCACUCCGCUGGCUGGCCUUCUUCGUUGGGUGGUGCUGGCGCCAUUAGUCUCAAACCGUCCGGCCUAUAGUAACCUACAUUUAUCAUUACUGCACACUUUAAUGCAGUUGGACAAGAGUGCGGAAGCGACUCCCUUGCAUGCCCAAGAUCUGCUGCAAAUUGUCACAUCACUGCAAAAAUACUGUACACGCCUGAAGGACUCCAAAGUUGCACCAGAGGAAGAUACGGCAUAUCAAAAGUGCAUGGAACGCUUUGCCCAAGCAGUGCAAAUUGCAUUGGCCUCCAAGUGCAUCACCAAUCAGAUCCAGUUGCUCUGUGUGCUCGAGAAUUUGCCACAGCAUGCACUUAUGAAAAUAGUUCUUGAAACACACAAAAAACUUUAAUUAAACAUAUAUUAUACCAACUAUAUUAACAAGGCAUUAAUUUUGGGAUUUGCUUUUGUGGUUUAUAUAAUAUUGUAAAACUUCUAACUGGGAAAGGUUCACUAAUUUAUCUCAAAUAUUUAAAAUGAAUUCGAUGAUAUCAAGCAUCUCUAAGUAAGCUUAAUUCCUAAAAAAAAAUGAGAAUGGUAAAGUUUAUUGUUGUUGUUUAAUGUGUGGCAAUUCAAAAUCUUUUGAUAUGUUAUACUUCGGAGUUAAGAUGAUUUACAUAUGGAUUUAUAACAACAAAAUUUAAAUUUCAAGGAACUGUAGAAUGAGACUGUUGUUUUUUAAUUUAUUGCAACAAUAUUAAAUUCGUAUGUCAAUCCUCUACUAAGCAGCAAGUGUUAUGUUAUUGUUAUUAACCCUUUAUUGUAGGCCGUAAAAUGUGAAUCUUCUUACCGUACUAUUUGAAACC